GGCCAAUACACACGUGUCGGCUGACACCGGAAAUGACGUGGUAAAAUAGACGGAAAGGACAUGGCGGUGCUGGAGGAAGUCUGGUGGAAAGAGUUGUGAUACAUAUUAUUUACCUGUCCCAGGCUGUGGCGGAAGUAAGGCAAUGGCAGACAGACAUCAGGAUAAGUCACGUAUUAGGUCCACGUCCUCCUGUGAAGAGAAGACACACGGAGAAAGGGAGAAGAAGAAAAGAAAACGUAGCAGAAGUAGAUCAUCAUCUGUGUCCUCCUCUUCUUCAAGCUCCUCCUCCUCGUCAUCAAGCUCCUCAUCCUCUUCAUAUUUGUCCUCAUCAUCUAACUCAAGCAGUAGAGAUUCACCAAAAUCCAAAACAAAGAAAGCGUCGAAAGAAAAACAUAAUAAAAAGAAGAUGAAAAAACAGUCCAAAAAAAAGAAAGAGAAGAAGAAGAAGCGAGAGGAGUCCAGGCCUGUACAAAUAUCCAGGUUCCUAAAAGAAAAAAAGAAGAGUGAGAACUAUAGUAUGAUAACUGGGAAAAAAAUUAAGAUGAAAGUGAAGAAAAGCAAAGAAGAUAAGGAGAGGGAUAGAAACCGAGCUAAACUUUUGGAGUUCCUGAACUCGUCUAUGUAACUGACAGACCCCUAAUCACCAUUUUUUUGAACAGAUAUCCUUUUAGUUAUUUUCAUGCAUUUUAAAAGGGAAGCUCUUACAUAAAGGCAUUCUGCUGAGUUAAAUGGAUGCUCCAAGCAGGCAGCGAUCUUCCAAAGUCUAGUAUCACAACUUGCCACUAUGGCUGCCCAUCUGGACUCUGCAGCUCCUUCUCAUUCAAGUGCAGCUCUGCCAGUAGUCUAGCAUGAAAUUCCCUGUGAUCGUUUUUGUUGUGGAAUGCUCAGUCUGAUUUGUUACUUGCUUCAUCUAAUGUCUGCUUGCAAUGUACUGUUAUAUCAGCCAUGCUGAGUGGAUCUUAGAUGUAUGAAAGACGGAUCCGCACACACUCUGAUUAAUGCAGUCGGGGAGGAUCCCCUUUUAUUUAGCCACCGAACAUCAACUUUUUUGGGGGGGGGGGGAACACCCAACCCAUCCCAUCCCAUCCCACCCACCCUUCAUCAGGAUACAAUUCUUAGUGCAGUAACCCAUUUAAAUCCAACUUCCCACGCCUUCUUUUCCCAUCAUGCAUCGUCUGUCUCUAAUAGUGGAUCUUAGAGACAGACGAGUGCUUAUGAGAAGAGCAGUCAAUAUCUGGCAGUUCCUUGCAUGCUUUUGGGAAUCAAUUAGCCACAAUCAGAGCCACUUCCCUCACAAAGAGGUUGCUAUAUGUAACAUUUCUCUACAACUGUUUCUGAAAGGGGUAGUUUACCUUUGAAUUAACUUUAAUAUAAUGCAGACAGUGCUAUCCUGAGACAAUCUGCAAUUGGAAUUUUAUUUUCUUUGUGUUAUCUGGUUGCAUUCAAUUGUGUUUUGUGUUAUCUGGUUGAGUUCAAUUUACCCUGGCAACCAGUCAUUGGUUUGAAUGAGAGACUGGAUGAAAAAUGACCCAUUGGAAAGCUGGGGUUUCCCAAUAUCCAUCUGCUGUCAGACAGAGCCUUGCUAGGUCCCCAUUGGUGAUGUGCGGGUCAAGCUUUUCCCUACCCCCACCCGCCCUCCCAACACCCGCGCCUGCCAGAGCCCAACUUCCGGGUCUCUUUUAUAGACCCACGCUGACCCGCCCUGCCGAUGACCUCACAAAAGGGGUGGGGUGAGAGGCACACGUCUAUAAAAGCUAAACCUGGAAGUCAGCAUUUAGAAGGUCACGGGCGGGGAGAGCAGUAAGAAGAGCUAAACCCGCACCCGCCUGCAACCUGGAAAGGAGCGUGUGAGGUCGGCCCAAACCCACCUGGCCCGCGGGUAUCGGGCCGGCCCACACAUCACUAGUCCCCAUUUAGGUGCAGGUUACCAAAUUGCCAUUAAAAGGGACCUGGCACCUACACAUAAAAAGCCAUAUAUGUGCAAAUUAAACAUGACACCCCCAAAAAAAAAUUUUAAUAAAACAUCCAUACCUUUAGAAAAUGUAUUUAAAAAUCAUAUAUUGCCUGACUCGCCUUGUCUAUUACUUUCACCUUCCGUUCAGCACAUCUUAAAUAUCACAAUCCCCCACCCUCCUCCAUCUGUGUAGCCUGUGCAUGGGCAUGACCAUCAGGUGCAUACUCAAGAUAUUGGGGUGACACAAAACUUGCCCUUAUAACAGUGUCCACUAAAUGGCAGCUGUCUGCGUGCUGUGAUUGUGAAUUCCAAGGCUAAAAGAAAGAAGAUUUAAAUAAGUAACAUAAUAGAACAGGAUUUGGAAUUAUUUAGCAUGAUCCUCCCCUUUAAUUUUAUUUGCCAAUAAAAUAAUUAUAGCAGCAGCUUCUAUAAUUUGUUUCUUAACAGUUACGUUUAUGUUCCUCUAAAUUUGUGUGUGUCAAUAAUGAUUCAUUUUUAACAAGUCUCUUUUAGGAACUACAGUAUCUUGAUUUGUCUUUCUGGCUUCAAAUGUCAAUUGUAAGUUUUCUUUGUACAUAUUUUGUAUUUUCAUUAAAAAAAAUCACCUUUC